AUGGAAGAAGAAUCAAAACUAUCAACAACAUCUCAGACAGACACUGAUCAAAAGGAAACCGUUGUGAAUGAACUGUUAGUAAUGUCCUCCAAGAAUAACAGUGUAUCACAGACAUCAAUACCACCGCAGCAACCACAAACAACAACGACCACCACCAGUAACACUCAAAGAAGUCAACAAAUGCAACUGCAGCAACCUCAACAACAGACAUUUCCCCAAGAUCAGCAACAGCAACAGCAACAACUUUUACAACCACCAAAAGUCCAACACUCGAUGUUUAAAUUAUUCACAUUUGUUAUUAUUGUAUUACCCACAUUAUCAUCAAUAAUAUUUCCAUUACCAUCAACCACAAUCACAUCCAAUGAACAAGUGGGCAAUUUAAUAAUUGAUAUAUUGACGGUGUUGCUAAUCAGUUGGGUUGUACGAUAUGCUAUUGAAUGGCCUUAUAAAUGGCUUGAGAAAUUGAAAAAGACUAAACAAAUAGUGAUUAAUCAAUUACUUCAUGAAAAGGCUAAUAAUGGAGAUUUUACUCGACAAUUGUUAUUAUUAAGAAAGGUACAUACAUUUGAAAUCAUUGCUCUUUUAUCUUCACUUGUUACUUCAAUGUUUGGUUCUUUAUUGUUGAUAUGGACAAGAGAAUAUACGAUAAUUGAUAAAGCUAGGAAAAAGAUGGUAUUUAAUAAUGUUAAUAUUGCUUUGUUACAAUUUUGGUCAAUAUUUAGAAUCAUUAGAUCUUUUAGUGAUAUUUUGGAGAAUAAUACAAUGGAUGAUAAGCAUUUAUAUGUUACUCAAGUAGCAUCAAAACAUUGGCUUCAAGAUUUAAAAGAACAUUUCUUUCCUUCCAAUAAUAGUAAUAAUAAUAGCAAUCAAAUAUUGAUGAAUAAUUUAUUAGUUUAUAAUCGUGAAUUUGAACAAUUGAAACAUGAAAUAACUACCUUACAAAAAAUCAUCUUAAGAUUACCUGCUGAGAAAUCAUUUACUCCAUUUCCAUUAAACAUGUCAAGGUCAACUAGUUCAUCACCAAAUGCAUCAUCAACUUCUCCAAAUGAUUCAUCCACAUUCAAUUCCGUUGCAAAACUCGAUCCAAUCUCCAAAUCAUCAUCCCAACAACAGAAACAACAACCACCAUCAAGAACACCCUCCAAUAAUAGUAGUAGUAUCCAACAACCACAAGCUCAACGUCAUUUUCUUUCAACUUCAACCCUCAAGAGAAACCCGGCAUUGAAAACUAUAAUUGAAGAAGAUAUGACGAUUCUAUUUGAACGAGAUUAUAAUCUCCCAAUAACCCCAAAUACAAGUUUAUUUGCCAGUUCAAAGGGACAUACACAACAACCAAGAAGGGUACCGAAUUAUCAUCAUACAGUAACUUACCCUCGAAGAGAGGGUAUAACUUAUGAACCUCAUUCAAACCGGUCUGAAGAACCGGACGGUUCAUUUGCUGAUAUCUUUAAGUCUCCAUACAACCAUCUCAAGGUAUUUUUUGAAAAUGAUCUUCAAACUAAAGAAUAUAUGUGGUUAAAGAAAGUUAUUUGGGAAUGUAUUAAGAAAUAUAUAAUCCUGGGAUUAUUUGUACAAAUAUUGGAAUUGUUUUAUCAUCCUAUACUGACACUUAAACUUGUGCUUGUAUUAAUCGCAUUUAGAAUACCGGUAAAAUUGGUAAUAUAUUAUGUUAGAAUCCAUUUAGUGGUUCCUUUAUUAUUAGUGAAUUGGAUCAUAUGGAAACCUUUCCAUUUGUUAGCUGUGAUUGCGUUGGGUUUAUUUUCCGCUACAUUCCUGAAACUGAGAUCAAAGACUACUCCUACUCCUCCGGUUCCAUAUCUUCCACCCGUAAAACAAUCAAUAAAACAUCCUACCACUACGAGUCCUCAGAAGAAACGACACCCGGUAGCAUUCAAAAGAAUGGAAAGAUUGCCACCACAUAAUCGGGAUUUUUCAGGCAUGAAACAGUUUCGAUUAAAAUCGCCUCCAGCUACUGCUACAAAUAAGAAAUUUGAUGAAUUGCCAGGGUUUGAACCAAUUCGGAGGAGAACAGGGGGGAUUUUUUCGGGGUCAUCGUCGUCUUUAUCUGCUCCACCGACAAUUAAUAGAGAGAGGUCGGGAGGGUCAAUUGCUUUAUAUCAAGAUUCCUAG